AUGGAGGACAUCUCGGCCGACGAUGAUCUUCUCUCCGACAUCCUGCUCGACGGGCUGGAAUUUGACCCGCCGAUCUCGACGCACAAGAUGAACCAGACGUACCGCAGCCCGCGCUAUGAGACGAACUUCAUCAUGGCGCUGUUGAAGCAGCGCAUCGUGCUGGAGUCGGACGUCAACGCGGCGCUGGAGGAGCUGAGCCGGCUCCGCUUGAUCCAGCGCCAUCUGCAGGACAAGGACGAGCGGCAGGCGCAGGCCUUCUAUGCGCAUGCACGCCGCUACCUCGAGACGUACCUGCCCGAUGCUGGCGUCGAAUUUGCUCUGACUGCGCGCUACAAGCGCCCACACCCAUCGAUUGCGCGCGCCGCUGCGGCCGCCGCGGCGGCUGGGACCAGCACGGACACCGCACUGAGCAACGGCGGCGCGUCCACUUCGGCUGCUGGUGCACUUGCCUCUGCAAGUCCGCCGCCGGUCGAGCCGGCACCGAGCAACGGCAAGAGCAGCUGGAAGGGCAAAGGCAAGGCGCUGACCGACAGCUCGAGCACUGCGCCGCCCGGGCAUCCGAGAGCCGACCUGUGCGUCGUUGCGCUGCGGGCGUACAAGGCCGGCGAGAUCGUCAUGUGCAAGGGCGGCGUCAAGGACCUGACGAAGGACGAGGAUGUGGCGCUGAGGGAGGAGGCGGCGGGCAGCCGAGACGCGCGCGAUGCCAAGGGCUACGCCGGCGUGCUUGGCCCGGGCCGCGACUUCUCCAUCAUCCGCAGUGCGCGCAAGGGCUGCAGCCAGCUGCUACUUGGGCCUGCGCGUUUCGUCAACCAUGACUGCAACCCCAACACCGAGUUCCACCGCAUCGGCUCGUCGCAGAUGGCCUUCAAGACGCUGCGGCCCAUCGGCCUCAACGAGGAGAUCACGACGUACUACGGCGACAACUACUUCGAAUGGGGCAACUCCGAGUGCCUCUGCGCCACGUGCGAGUACCGCGGGCGCGGCGCGUAUGCGCCUCGCGACGGCGAGCCGGGAGCGCUGCCGCUGUCUGUCGAGGCUGCGGCAGAGUCUCCGGCCGACUCCAAUGGCGGCGACGCGGCCGCCAACGCGCGGCGCACGUCUGGGCGCAAGACGACGUCGUCGCGCCAGAUGAGCUCGACGUACUCGCCGGGCGUGCCCUCGCUGUCGCCUACGCCGGCGCUGAGUGUCACUCCGCACGAGGGAGUCUCGUCAGGCACUGGCUCCGAGGCUUCGUCGAUUGUCUCGACACGCAGUGGCCGCUCGAUCACGCACCACAUCUCCGAUCGCGAGGCCAGCGAGUACUUGCACGUGACGAUGCCGCGCGGAGACCGCCUCACCUGCAACACGUGCGGCGCCAAGUACUGGGCGCUGGAGUCGUGGUGGACGCCCGACGAGUGCCGGCGCUGCGAGCGCCACUUCCGCAUCUACAAGGCCGACUGGCCCUCGCGCAAGCCGACUGAGCGCCCAUACACCGGCCUUGCCGAGCUGAAGAUGUACCGCGGCCAGCCAUCUAUGAAGGGCAGGCACAAGCGCGGCGCCGUCGACCAGGACGUGGACCAGGACGCGGCAAGCGCGACGCCGGUGGCGCCGAGCAAGCGGAAAGCGCGCAUCUCAGGAGAGAAGGGUCCUGCGCGCAAGCUCGGGGCCCCGAAAGCGGAGGACGCUGCGUCGGACGCGUCGGCCACGCCGGUGAAGCUGACGCCGCUGCGCGACGCUCCGCCGGACCAGCCAGGCGGCAGCACUGUCAAAGCCGAAGGCUCUCCGGUAGACGCCACGCCAACGGCGUCGAAAGCCGCGGCAGUCUUGCCGCCGCCGCCAAAGGCUGAGCCAGAGCACAAGGAGCAACCGCUGAAGCGGCGCAAGAGCAAGGUGCUCCUGGCGCCGCCCGAUCCGAUCAUGCCAGAGAGCGGCGAUCCGGACGAGGAUGCCAUUGACCUCGCGCUCGGCACCUCCGCGCCGCAUGUCAGCUCGCACACGGCGCAAGCACCGGCCACGAGCUCGGUGCAGGCAACGAAGCAGUCUGGGCGCGAUGUGCUGCCCGACUUUGAGUCGCUGUCGGACCUCUCCGACCCCUCCGAGUCGGAGGUCGUCAAGCAGCGCGGCAAGGGCCACCGCAAGAAGGUCGAGUACUCGUCGAGCGAUGGCGGCGACGUGCCCGCUGCGCCCAAGAUGCUCGGCCCACAGGCGCGCACAGAGACGCUGGCGCUCUUCUGGGGCGCAGUUGAUGGCGGCCGUCGUGCGCGUCGCCCGAGCAGCAAUGCGCCCGAGCGCCCAGUUGUGACGCCGCGCACGAGCCGCUCGUCGGGACAGGGCCACCGGCGCUCCGGCAGCGGUGCAUCUUCGCGCGCCUCGGCCUCGCGCGCCGCCAUCGCCGACGAUGAGGAGAUGGACGUCGACGACGACGAGCUGCGCUCGGCCAUGCGGCGGCCGCUGAAGAAGAAGAAGAAGCUGGCGCCGUCGAGCUCGGACGAGGAGGCAGCCGCGGCGAUGCCUGCCGUCAGCGACAGCCGGCGCAGCAGCCUUACGCACAAGCCAACGCAGAGCGCGGCCGAGGCCGGUCCGCAGAAUGGGCACGCCCCGGCGCGUCGCGCGAGCCUGGCUGCGCCAGAGGCCAGCGUCAGCAGCGGACAGACUAGCGGCGCCAGCUCUCCGGCCUCGGCCGUCGCGCUCGCGACGCAGGGCAGCGAGCGCACCUCGGUCAAGAAUCUCGCGCUCUUCUGGAGUGCCGGGCUCAACGAGGAAGGCGGCCGCACGCGCCGUCAGGCACACCGCGAUCCUAAGACGGUCACGCAGGUGCCGGAGCGCGCCAAGCGUGCGCGUGCCAGCGGCGAGGCGGCGCGCUCUAGCGACGACAGCCGCAGCGCGACGCCAGAGCUGAAGCGCAGCAAGCGCGGCGCAGGCCUGAAGGCGCGCGUCUCGGAGAGCGACGUGCCCAGCAUCUCGAGCUGGCAUGGAAGUCGCGAGGGCCAGAUGGACGUCUCGCCGCCAUCGAGCGACACGCCGCUCCGCUCAAGCUCUUCUUCGCAGGUCGACAAGACGCCCUCUGCCUCGACGAGCUUUGGCUGGCCGGCUGGCUCGCCUGCGCCGCCGCCGCUGACUGCGCCCUCGCCCUCGGCACGCGUGGCGCCUGGCCUGGCGCGACCUCUGUCCGCCUCUCCGCUCGCAGGACCCUUCCCUCCGGCCUCUGCGCAGCCCGGCCAGCCGAUCCGCAGGAACCUGCGCUGGGGCAGCGGCAAGGUGUCGACGAGCCGGCCGCUGAGCGCCAGUCCGGCACAGGGUCAGCAGCCACGCUCUUCGCCGCUCGUGGGCCCAGCAGCCGCCUCUCAGAUGGGCGCGCCGCGGCCUGACCUCAAGCUGGCGCGCCUGACGUCUACCAGCGCAGACGCUGUGCCGCAGAGCCAAAGCUCCGGCGCUGCUCGGCUGCCGAGCGCUGUGCCCUUCGCCACGGGCGCGCGCCGUGCUUCGCCUGGCGGCCCGAGCGCCCGGCCCAGCUCGCCCCUCGCCAAGCUCGCGACAGGGCUGGGCGAGUUCAAGGUGCCCGCCUCGCCCGCCUCGCCGCGCUGCGGUCCGGCGUCUGCGUCAGCCAAGGAGGCCGCGCAGAGCGGCGCGGCACCACCUGCUGCAGCACCUGGCGCAGAGCAGCUCGGGCCUGCGCUGGAGCUCGACGCCCCGCCGACGCCCGCUGCUCUGCGUGUGCCGUUUCUCGCCGAGGCGCCAGCAUCGGCAGCAGACGCGUCGCAGCCAGUCAAGAUGGAGCUCGACGAGCCGGCGCUCAAAGACACGGCUGCAGCUGCUGCUCCGCCGCUGGCGGCCGCACCCUUGGCGGCGCCGGAGCAGCGGCCUGCCUCCGAGACGACCCUCUAA